AUGGCCAAGUGUGGUGACUUUAUUAAAAGUCAAUUCCCACUUAUUGAUGAAGAAUUGAUGAAAUAUGUUGAAGACAUACUGGACAGCAGUGCUGGUGAGUUUGAGGACACGGAGGAAGUCUACGAGGCAGUAGGAGAAGUACUCCAAGGAAUCUCUGAAAAAUCGGAAAAAGAUAUAAGGGACAUAUGUGAAAAACUACUGCAUAUGCUUCAGCCUGACAAACCGGGCAGUAGCAAUGGACCCAGGAAAGUAUUGGAUGCUCCAAUACACCUCGCCUCCAUGGCCGCACCUGUUACAGAAACUGAGGAUCUCCGAAGUAUAUGGAUAAAUACUAGAGAUGAUAAUUUGAAAGUUGAUGCAAAAAAAUUAGAAAAGGCUGAAGCGAAAUUACAGCAGAAACAACAAAAGCAGAAAGAUUCGAAGGUACCAAGCGCAGUGCCUGUACUUCAGACUGCUACGGCCUCACAGGUGACGUCAAAGAAGGAUAGCAAGUUGGAGGCCAAAGGAACCAACAGAACUCAGGACAUAAGGAUAGAGAACUUCGACAUAGCAUAUGGUGACAGAGUAUUACUGCAAGGCGCUGACCUUGUCCUUGCAUUUGGCCGACGGUAUGGCCUCGUAGGACGUAACGGGCUCGGCAAGACCACACUCCUGCGGAUGAUCGCAUCCAAACAACUAAAGAUUCCAUCUCAUAUAUCAAUACUACAUGUAGAGCAAGAAGUAGUGGGAGAUGAUACCGUGGCACUACAGAGUGUCUUAGAAUGUGACACCACUAGAGAAUAUUUGUUGAAACGCGAGAAGGAAAUUACUACUAUGAUUAAUACUGGCUCAACAGACCCCAGUCUAUCAAAUGAGCUUAGUGACAUAUACGCCCAACUGGAAAAUAUAGAGGCUGAUAAGGCGCCGGCGCGGGCCUCUAUCAUCCUCAGUGGUUUGGGUUUCACACCGGAGAUGCAGACCAGAGCCACCAAGACAUUCUCUGGAGGAUGGCGGAUGAGGCUUGCACUGGCCCGGGCGUUGUUCUCUAAACCCGACCUCCUCCUACUCGACGAGCCGACGAACAUGUUGGACAUUAAAGCUAUCAUCUGGUUGGAGAACUACCUUCAGAACUGGCCGACGACACUACUGGUAGUGUCUCACGACAGAAACUUCCUCGACACCGUGCCCACAGAUAUCAUGCAUUUACAUACACAGCGGAUAGAUACUUACAGAGGUAACUACGAGCAGUUCCACAAGACAAAGACGGAGAAGCACAAGAACCAACAGCGCGAGUACGAGGCGCAGCAACAACAUCGCGCGCACACGCAGGAGUUCAUCGACAGGUUCCGGUACAACGCCAACCGCGCCUCCUCCGUGCAGAGCAAGAUCAAGAUGCUGGAUAAACUGCCCGAAUUAAAACCGGUGGAAAAAGAAAUCGAGGUUGUCCUUCGGUUCCCGGAGGUGGAGCCACUCUCGCCGCCCAUACUACAACUGAAUGAAGUCGGAUUCUACUACUCUAAGGACAAGAUCAUUUUCUCAGAUGUCAACCUUGGCGCGACGCUCGAGUCCCGAAUAUGUAUUGUUGGUGACAAUGGUGCCGGUAAGACAACGUUAUUAAAAAUAAUAAUGGGUAUACUGUCACCCACCAGUGGGAUACGAAGCGUGCACAGAGGACUGAAAUUCGGCUACUUCUCCCAACAUCACGUCGACCAAUUGGAAAUGAAUGUCAAUUCUGUAGAACUCCUACAAAAGAGCUAUCCAGGCAAAACAAUAGAAGAAUACAGAAGACAGUUAGGCAGUUUCGGCGUCAGUGGCGACCUCGCGUUACAAACCAUCGCCAGUUUGUCCGGAGGGCAGAAGUCAAGAGUGGCCUUCGCCAGGAUGUGUAUGGGCAACCCCAACUUCUUAGUACUCGACGAACCUACUAACCAUUUGGACAUUGAGACCAUCGAGGCGUUAGGAAAGGCUAUUACUAAAUAUACGGGCGGUGUUAUCCUGGUAUCUCACGACGAGAGGUUAAUACGAAUGGUCUGCAAGGAGCUAUGGGUGUGUGGAAACGGCUCUGUGACCAGUAUAGAAGGAGGAUUCGACGAAUAUCGCAAGAUCGUCGAGAGAGAACUAGAAGUACAGAAUAAGUAG